UUCAUUUUUCGUGUCAACUUCCGGUUGGGUGCGAAUCAGCUGCUGGAAACGGAGAAUAACAGCGCCUGAGGAUAUAUUUAAAAACAUAUUGUUUCUUUUUCUACACUUUAAUCAGCAAGAAGAUGUCAAAGUCUUUGAAGAAGAUAGUGGAGGAGACCAGGGAUAAGAAUCUCACCGAGGUGGACAUGUGUGAUAGGGGAGUAUCCAACAUGCUGGACAUUCCUGGCUUGUUCACAUUGUCCAACAUAACUCAACUGGUCUUGAGCCACAACAAGCUGCCGACCGUACCUCCAAACAUUGCCGACCUUAAGAACUUGGAGGUACUGAACAUGUUCAAUAAUCAGAUAGAAGAGCUUCCCACUCAGAUCAGCAGCCUUCAGAAACUCAAGCACCUCAAUCUGGGGAUGAACAGACUGAGUGCGUUGCCCAGAGGCUUUGGUUCUCUCCCAGCUCUGGAGGUCCUGGAUUUGACUUACAACAACCUGAAUGAGUCCUCACUGCCUGGAAACUUCUUCUAUCUUACCACCCUGCGUGCACUCUAUCUCAGUGACAACGACUUUGAAAUCCUGCCCCCAGACAUUGGCAAGCUGGCCAAGCUACAGAUACUGAGUCUGAGGGAUAAUGACCUGAUCUCUCUACCUAAAGAGAUUGGAGAACUGGCCCAGUUGAAGGAGCUGCAUAUCCAGGGCAACAGACUGACUGUGCUGCCUCCUGAACUUGGUAAUCUGGACCUGACUGGCCCAAAGCAGGUGUUUAAGGCAGAGAGUAACCCAUGGGUAACUCCCAUAGCAGACCAGUUCCAGCUGGGUGUCUCCCAUGUCUUUGAAUAUGUCCGCUCCGAGACCUACAAGUAUCUUUAUGGACGACACAUGCAGGCUAAUCCUGAAGCACCGAAAAAGAACAACGACAAAUCCAAGAAGAUCAGCCGCAAGCCCCUGGCUGCCAAGAACAAGUGAAGAUGAGAAGGGUGGAUGAAGAGUCCCCUGUCUGCCUGUCCGAGCUGGACCUCACUGCAUGUGCCUUCCCCCACUUUUCUAUUUAUUUGAUAAAAGAACACACGUUUUGUAUGGGUUCUGUAAUGGGGUGUUGUGUUAUACAUGUGUGGCCUCACAGCUGCCCUUGGCAUGUCCCAAACAGCCAUUAAAUUCUUCUUUUUCUCCUAUUUCCUUGCCUACAUUAUUUACAUCACCUUAGACUUUAAUUUGAUUGAUUUGCUAUCAUAUAAUUAUUGCCUUAUUCUCAUAAUGAUGUACACCCAAGCAUUACUUUUUUAAGAUAAUUUCUCGCACGAUGUCUUUAAAUGUUACUGCAACGCUAUAAAUUCAGCCAAGUCAUGAAAAUCACAUUUGGACAGUUUGUCAGAUCAGAUGAUAUUAGAUAUUGUCAAAAACUUUGACCAUGACUGAACUAUCACACUGUACUAAGGCAAAAAUAUCAUAGAAAGUACUGUUUAGGAAAUAUCACCUAUUUUCUUCCCCUUUUAAUGGUGUUUUAGUUGAGCAUUACUUACAUUAUAUUAGUUGCUAGACUUGUGAUAUGCAUUGUAAUGUGCAUAUGUGUACCAUGAAAGCAUCCUCACAUAUCAUACAUUUUCUCAUAUUGUUCUUAUAGGCUACUGUCCAAAUACAGUGCAGUGGAAAAAAAAAAUUAAUAUCACACUCCACUGUUUGAUUUGAGCCAUCUAAACAAGGCACGCAGCUUUCCACAACAGCAAUUUGUACCUCUCGUGCCGGGCUGAGGAGCAGGGCUGUUGCGUAACGGCAGGAGGAUUUCUGGAAGGGUUUAGCAGUCUGAGCAGAGUCUGUACAGGAUUGUGUCCUGCCUCAGAGGACAUGUAUCUGUCUGCUCCCUCUGCCUCACCUCUUGCUCUUAAUGACUUGUAUGAAUGGCUGCAAACCGAGGUAUUGAAUGGUUAGCAAAUAAGACCAGUUAUAAAAACGACCCUGCAGCUCCAAACAAUGGGCCGUUUAUAAAGUACAGUGUACUGUUUCCUUUUCAGUAUUGUCUGUAUGUACAUUUGAAAGUGGUCUGUUAUUGUAUCAAAUUAUUUUGACUCUUACGGUAACUCUAAUACACCAUGAGCUUUGCGCUUGAUCUCUGCAAUAGUAUUGUCACAAGUCACACCAAAUUUUAUUACAAAUAUGUUGGUGUUCUUUUGUCACCAUGUGUCAUGUAUUCAUUUUUAAACACUUUGAAUAAAAUAUUCUGUUUGACUGUCA